AGUCAAGGCACCUCGUAGGCGGACCAAAAGCAGUAAAUAAACCGGUGGCCAAAGGCGAAAGCCGGGCACGCACACCCACCCCACAGAUCUCCCUCCUCUCUCUGCCCGUGCUGUUGCUGUCCCCGUCGUUCGCGCUCGCCCAAGUCGUCGCCCAGUCGCUGCGCCGCUCAGCUCCAAAGCCAGCAGAACCGCGCAAGCGCGCGCGUGUCCCUCCUCCGCUCCUCCAUUCCGCGCCGCUGGACUGGACGCGUCGCUGUGCGGACUUCUUGCUUGCGCCGGCUGCUACGGGCACGGUCCACGGGACCUGACUGGCGGCUCCGGGCCGGGGGAGGCGAGCGACAGAGCGAUGCAGAGGCAGGGGAGACACCUGGAGCGGUCCAACUCGAAGCGAGCCCUCGACCAUGGCGGCGGUGGUGACGACGACGACCGCCCGUCUAAGCGCCCGCGCGUCCCCGCCCUCGCCAGUGUCAUUGUAGAAGCACUCAAGGUAGACUGUUUACAAAAGCUUUGCUCAUCACUGGAACCAAUUCUGCGCAGAAUUGUCAGUGAAGAAGUAGAGCGUGCUUUAGCCAAAUUGGGCCCUGCAGGUCCUGCUAGGAUCCAAGGAAGGGGCUCACCCAAACGAAUUGAAGGCCCUGAUGGUAGAAGCCUCCAGCUUCAGUUUAGGACUAGGUUAUCCCUUCCGCUCUUUACUGGAGGGAAAGUAGAAGGCGAGCAGGGAGCAGCAAUUCAUGUUGUGCUGCUUGAUGCGAACACUGGACAUGUUGUUACUUCAGGACCUGAGUCAUCUGUGAAACUGGAUAUUCUGGUGCUUGAGGGUGAUUUUAAUAAAGAGGAAGACGAGGGCUGGACUGAAGAAGACUUUGAAAGUCACAUUGUUAAAGAACGAGAAGGGAAGAGGCCUAUUUUAACUGGGGACCUGCAGGUAACCCUUAAAGAAGGUGUUGGGACUAUAGGAGAGCUUAUUUUCACUGAUAAUUCCAGCUGGAUAAGAAGCCGAAAAUUUAGACUUGGGUUGAGAGUCUCGUCAGGGUUUUGUCAAGGAAUUCGUGUUAUGGAAGCAAAAACAGAGGCUUUUACUGUUAAAGAUCACAGAGGCGAAUUGUAUAAGAAGCAUUAUCCUCCUGCACUAAAGGAUGAGGUAUGGAGAUUAGAAAAGAUUGGAAAGGAUGGUUCAUUCCACAAGAGAUUAAACUCAAGUGGAAUCUAUACAGUUGAACACUUUCUUCAAUUCCUUGUUAGAGACCAACAGAAAUUAAGAAGUAUUCUUGGCAGUAACAUGUCAAAUAGGAUGUGGGAAAGUCUUAUUGAGCAUGCAAAGACAUGUGUUUUGAGUGGCAACCAUUAUAUAUAUUACUCAAGUGAUGCAAGAAAUGUGGGUGCAAUAUUCAACAACAUAUAUGAGUUCACUGGUUUGAUUGCUGAUGAUCAAUUUAUUUCAGCUGAAAAUCUCACUGAAAACCAGAGGGUGUUUGCUGACACGUUGGUUAAGCAAGCAUAUGCUGAUUGGAUCAAUGUUCUAGAAUAUGAUGGCAAGGCGCUAUUAAAGUUCAACCAGAAAAAGAAAUAUGUUACAACUAGAAGUGAAACAGCGAAAGCUUCAGCAAGCUACCCUGCAUCAAACGGUUUAGUGAACUCACAGAAAGAACUGCCUGGAGGUCCUGUGAAUGCUGAGCAAUCUUCCCUGAACAAUGCUAGCCAAGCAGAUAGAACUAGAAUCCCAUCCAUGUCCAUGGGGAACCAGGUAGCAAGAGAGUAUGCAGGCAAUCCUCAGCACAUGACACCAAGUAUUACCAUGCAAUGCGACACGAGGUCAUUGAUCCCCGGAGGCCAGUUCAGUGGUGGUUCCUCCGUGCAGACUCAAACUUCACGAAGCUCCAACAUGCUUGCGCUGCGGCCAACGCAGCAGCCUCAAAACUUGGACUUCUCUGGGCUAGGUCAGUCCACACAGCCUUCAGGGACCAACCCUUUCGCCGACUGGUCUCGGUUGCAGGAGAGCAGCGUCGAUGAGUACUUGAUGGAUGAGAUAAGGGCGAGGAGCCACGAGCUAUUGGAGAACGAUGAGAUGCAGCAUAUGCUGCGGUUCCUGAGCGUGGGCGGGGCGCCGACCGGCCUGAACAACGUUGACGGCUUUCUUUCAUACCCGUCUCCUGCCCCAGCCUUCGGAUUUGAUGAGGACGACCGCGCUCGCUCGUCCGGCAAAGCUGUUGUCGGGUGGCUGAAGAUCAAGGCUGCGAUGCGGUGGGGUAUCUUUGUCAGGAGGAAAGCUGCCGAGAGACGGGCUCAGCUUGUUGAGCUGGAAGACUAGCAGUCGCAGGUGCUUGGGCUCGGUGUUGCACAUAUUUAUGCGGAAGGGUUACUAGAACUGCAAAAUAUUGUAUAAUACGCUUCCCUUUUGGCUGAUCUUUUUAAUUUGCACAAUAGCCCCGUUGGUAUUGUAUAUUACUGGGUACAGACGUACAGUACAUGUACAUGGGAGGACGAUCAGGAUCGGGGCUUUUUUACGAAUGAAGUCACGUUGGUUGUAUACGUGUCUGAUACGCUUGACCUUACUUGUGCUUUGAAAUAUUCUUGUCGGAGACUUUCA